GUGUUUGGAAAAUGUUUAUUUCUGUAGCGUUAGAUACGGGGGAUCACCAUAUACGGUAAGGGCGUAUCAGGCGACGUCACUGCAACGUCACAUCCGGAGCGGGUCUCCCUUUCCCCUCCGAUCUCCGAAUAUGGCGCCGCUCAAACAGAAAAGGCCGAUUGUUGGCAGGAAGACCAGAAAGGGAGCUUCAUGGAAGUUCACCUUGGACCUGACCCACCCGGUGGAGGACGGCAUCCUGGACUCUGCAAACUUUGAAACCUUCCUCAAAGAGAGGAUCAAGGUCAACGGGAAGACGGGGAACCUGGGUAACGUGGUGCAGGUCGGCCGUCUGAAGAACAAGAUCAACGUCACGUCUGAGAAGCAGUUCUCCAAGAGGUAUCUGAAGUACCUGACCAAGAAGUACCUGAAGAAGAACAACCUGCGUGACUGGCUGAGGGUGGUGGCGUCCGACAAGGAGACGUACGAGCUGCGCUACUUCCAGAUCAGUCAGGACGACGAGGAAGAGUCGGAGGCAGACGAGUGAAC